AUUCGCCUGCUUCGCGUCGGAGGCGAGGACAUUUUGACGGCUAGGGUUUUGGGUGUUCGAUUCGAUCGGGGAUAUGGAGACGGAGCGCAACGUCGACACGUUCGACGAGGCGGCGCCUGCUGGCGGGGCACUCUGCUGCUGCUUCCCCUUCUCGAACUCCUCCUGGCAGCGGAUCGACGCGCCGGCGCCGGGCGCGGAUGCUCGGAGCCAGUGGGAGAGGGUGAGGGUCCUGGCGAUGAAAGUGAGGGAGUGGUCGGAGUUGGUGGCCGGGCCGAGGUGGAAGACCUUCCUACGGCGAUUCGGGCGGAACCCCAAUAGGGCCAGGGCGGCGCCGCCGCCGGGGACGAUGAGGUUCGCUUACGAUCCAUUGAGCUACGCCCUCAAUUUCGACGAGGGCCACGGAGAAGACUUCGACGGCGACGAUGGGGGACCUCAGGCGGUCGGCUACCGCGGUUUCUCCGCCCGCUUGGCAACGUCUCCGGAGAAGUCCCCAGCGGGCGUCGUCGCCGGCCUCGACGCUCCGCCGCCGACUCCCUUCGUCUUCGGCGGUCAUUGAAGAUAUCGGAAGUUGGUCAACGGACGGCGUUUGUGGCUUGUGGAGCAGUGAAGGGAUUGGUCAAAGACGUCGCGUUAUAUGUUUGGUCUCCGUUAUGUAUUUGAUGUAUACAAAUUGUUAAAUUGUUCUUGUGAUAUUUCUGCCCGUGAUUGCGCUGUAGAGAUGUGGAUUAGGUUAAAAGGUUGGAGACAGAGGUUUGUUUUUUGUA